CUUGGGCGGGCGGGCGGACGCCGCAGAUCAUUCAGGGAGACUGGAGAACUCGGUAGAACCGUGAGCGCAAGCCAGAGAGACGAGCAUAGCCAAGAGCUGCCGGCUUCAGCUCCCCGAGUGCCAGGAUCCCUUGCGCCCUGCUGUGCGGCGUCUGGCAGAGACUGUCCUCGCUGCUCCCGCAGGCCGGGGCCGCAUUCCCAGUUCCCGAGGGCGGCCGGAAGCUCCACGAGAGUACCCCGAAGGCGGCGUGCGCGCAGGACCGGCAGUGGUGGCCUGCAGACGGCAGACUUCGGCGGGGCUCCGGCAGGGUGCGACCCCCGAGAGCGCCGGGCGCGCGCGACGAUGAGGGCGCGGCCGCAGGUCUGCGAGGCUCUGCUCUUCGCCCUGGCGCUCCACACUGGCGUGUGCUAUGGCAUCAAGUGGCUAGCACUGUCCAAGACGCCAGCAGCUCUCGCGCUCAAUCAGACGCAACACUGCAAGCAGCUGGAGGGCCUGGUGUCUGCGCAGGUGCAGCUCUGCCGCAGCAACCUGGAGCUCAUGCGCACCAUCGUGCACGCGGCGCGGGAGGCCAUGAAGGCCUGCCGCAGGGCCUUCGCCGACAUGCGCUGGAACUGCUCCUCCAUCGAGCUCGCCCCCAACUACCUGCUUGACCUGGAGAGAGGUACCCGGGAAUCAGCCUUCGUGUAUGCCCUGUCGGCCGCCACCAUCAGCCACACCAUCGCCCGGGCCUGCACCUCUGGCGACCUGCCCGGCUGCUCUUGCGGCCCUGUCCCAGGUGAGCCACCCGGGCCCGGGAACCGCUGGGGAGGAUGUGCGGACAACCUCAGCUACGGGCUCCUCAUGGGGGCCAAGUUUUCCGAUGCUCCUAUGAAGGUGAAAAAAACGGGAUCCCAAGCCAAUAAACUGAUGCGUCUACACAACAGUGAAGUGGGGAGACAGGCUCUGCGUGCCUCCCUGGAAACCAAGUGUAAAUGUCAUGGAGUGUCUGGCUCCUGCUCCAUCCGCACCUGUUGGAAGGGGCUGCAAGAACUGCGGGAUGUGGCUGCUGACCUCAAGACCCGCUACCUGUCGGCCACGAAGGUGGUGCACCGGCCUAUGGGCACCCGCAAGCACUUGGUGCCCAAGGACCUGGAUAUCAGGCCUGUGAAGGACUCAGAACUGGUGUAUCUACAGAGCUCCCCGGACUUCUGUAUGAAGAAUGAGAAAGUGGGAUCCCACGGGACCCAAGACAGGCAGUGCAACAAAACCUCCAACGGCAGUGACAGCUGCGACCUCAUGUGCUGUGGGCGCGGCUAUAACCCCUACACGGACCGCGUGGUGGAGCGGUGUCACUGCAAGUACCACUGGUGCUGCUACGUCACCUGCCGCAGGUGUGAACGCACCGUGGAGCGCUACGUCUGCAAGUGAGGCUGCGCGCGCUUUGCCCCUGCGCAGGGGUGCCGAUCCCCCCGAGGACCCACUGAAGGACCUGGAGACCCCGUGGACUUCCCUGCCGAUCCCAGAUGCCAGGCGUGGGAGGAGGCUUGUGCUGUGACUCCAUUUGGAAGCCACCGGGAACAGGAGGCCUGGUCGCCCUGGGAGGGCCGGGGCAUCAAAGGAAACCGAUAGGAUUAAAAAUAACCUGGCAGCCUGGGGCCUGAGUGCCCACAUGUUGCCUUCCAGGCUGCUCCAAAAAGCCAGGGCAGGGAUGGGUAGGACUGUGUGCGUUUGACCUUUCAAGGCCAGAAAGACCAGCCUCCCAGAAUGUUCUUUGGGACCCUGUGCCCACCACAUGGAACCACUAACUUGGGUUGUAAAUUUUUAUUUUUCUUUCCCCUCUCCUUUGGGAUGCGGGAGUUACAGAAAUAUUUAUAAAAUAUAGCUUUUUCUUUGGGGUG